UUAGUCUUGUUCAUUAUUUCCCUUUUUACUCAACCGGCUUUCCAUUUCCACCAGUCUUUGUUGAUUCCUGCCAGCCUUUCCAUUCUAUCCUUCUUUAUUACCCCAUAUCGAUGGACAGACUUGUGACCGCCGAGAAUGACUUGGCGUCAAGGAGGAGGAGGCCAACUACUAUUUACGCGAGUGACAGAACAUUAGCAGUUUUUGUCAGCUUGCGCACGAUCGGUAAAAUAGAAUGGACAAAAGUCUUUUCGAAAUUUUAGUCCAAAUCCUACAACUUUUGAGAGAGGUUAAAAUGCACUUUUCAUAAAGGCAGUCAGCUGAAUUACAGAACAUAACCGACUGACCAAUUAUUUUUACCAUUUUUUGUAACUAAAGUCUGGAUAAUACAAAUUCGUAUGUAUAAUUUACUUGAUUUCUUAUAAUUUACGUCAUUCAAGCAUUUUUAUUAAUUAUCAUUUUUGAAAAAUUUAAACUUUACUUCAGGCUUUUAAUUUAUUUCUUAAAAUGUUUGAAUUCCAUUAUUACAAUCCUGAACAGCCUCGAAUUAUUACUUCAUUUAAGGGAAAUCAAAAGCUGAUACUUGGUGGUUACCGGUACAAUAUUCAUCAUGUGAAGGAUGGUGUUAACAAUAAGACAUGGAGAUGUGUUUGUGCCAAAAAAUUGACUGGAGCUAGGAGCUGGUGCAAAGGGAGAGCAGAAACUUGGGAAGGUGACACUAAGGGCAUUCCUAAGGGAGAGCACAACCAUCAAACUGAACAUGAUCUGGCUGAGUUGGAAUACUUUAAGAGCCAACUAAUAUUUGCUGCCAUUUCUGAACCAACAACAGAUUUGAAUCUUCUCAUUGAUGAAGCAACUAAAUUCCUUAGCCCAGGAUUGAGUUUUGGCAAUCGUGAAUCCAUGAAAAAGUCAUUAAUAGUUGCCCGUAAAUCUGCCGAAUCAGGCGAACUUGUGUUGGGUCAACUUCCUUAUAGAUCCAAGAAGAGUGUGAAACGUGCCAGCGUUCGUUCAAAAGCCGCUGCUGUGAGCAAGAGUGGGCCUCAAAUUAAGAAUCUUGCCACUUCAACUCCCUCAAUUAUCCUCCCACAAUCGUCCCAAAGUACAUCACGCCAAAGAUCUACACCAAAUAAUCGCACAUCAACAGGAUCUUAUUCUCCUUUCUCUCCAAACAUUUCCAUUGGAAGUAGAAGCAACAAUAGUAGUGGAAUUGGAAGCAGCUUGUCUAGCUCUGAUUGUUUAGACACUUCUUUAUUUUCCUCGAUGGGGCCUAACACUCAACAAAAUAGUUGGAAUCAGAAUUCACAUUUUGAAAUGCCUUCAAUUUCUGCACUUAAUAAUACCUUUACUGAAGGGGUAGAAGCAUCAUCAUCAUCCAUUAAUCCUUAUGGAACAGUUAACAUGACUAUGCCCAGUGAAAUUUUGGCAGCUGCCCUGUACGCUGUUGCUAUGCUUGGAAGUGCCCAAGCUUCACAGAACCAAAGCCAACAGAAUCAACAAUUACAAGAGGCUGUCAAUAAUUCAACCCUUCCAAUCCCUUCAAAACGAACAAGAGUAAACAAUAAUUCCAUCACUAAUCGAGCUACAACAAAUGGAGCAUCUCCAAUGCGGGCAAUCACUCCACUGACAAAUUCUGUUGCUAGAAGUACUACUGCCACUGAAGGCAUUAAUUUAAAGAGGAAGGGUGCUCGUGUGAAUGGCAUUCUUCAAAAACUCUCUACAAAGGCCGCUGCAGUCUCAACUUCGCCCCCGGCCCCAACAACACCCAUGGAACUUAUAGGGAAUGAAAUGAGUAAAUGCCCUAAUACGGUAGCCAUAAAGGAAGAAAAAGAGGAAUUAAAUCCAAUGGCACAAAAGGGAUUACUGGUGAGUGUGCAAACACAGACGGAUAAUAUGAAUGAAAUGGGAUUAAAGAGAUAUACAACUGAGGAUAAAAUGAAUGGCAAUAAUAAUUCUGCUGAAAAUGGGAGAGCUAAAUUGAAUGGCUUCAUGAACCACCCGCCAAAAAGGGUAGGGGAUAUUUUAAUGAAUUAG